AUGGAUUUGGAUAUUGAAAUGGGCGACGCCGUUGAGGGCCACCACGAUGCCGCCGCGCUCCUCCCUGAAGCGGACGAUAUUCUGCAACCCGACGAUUUCAACGAACCUGGCGAGAUUGCAGACGACGAUCCCAAGCCCGAUGAGGACGCCACGACGGUCGUACCCAACAAGAUCAACAUACGUGGCGUUGAUUCUCUACACACAGAUGACAUCAAAGCGUACGUCAAAUCUCACUUUGCUCCUGUUGAUAGAGUCGAGUGGGUUGACGACACGUCCGCAAACUUGGUCUUCGGCUCCGACUCGACUGCUCGCGACGCAAUGAUCGCGCUUAGCUCCAUUGAGAUUGCCGAUGCCACGGCUCUCCCCGCAGGCGAAACUUUGCUUGCUAAAUCAGUAGAGGGAAAGCCAGAAACCGCCCUUCACAUUAGAUUUGCAGUAGCAAGCGACAGGAAGCAGGGCGGCGCAGCUCUCCGCAGUCGCUACUAUCUCCUCCACCCAGAACAUGACCCGGAGGAACGCCGUCGGCGACAACAAGACUCGCGCUCGCGCUAUAGAGAAAGGGACAGCGGCUACCGUAGAGGCAGCGGCGGCCGCCGGCGCGACUCAGAAGAAGAGGUAGAAACAUUCGAGGCGAGCAUGUACGAUGAUGUGCCACGGCAAUCGACAACGACACGCUCUAGGUCGGGCGAGCGGCGAGAUUCAUACUCGCGGGAGAAUCGCGGAAAGGAACUUUUUGCAGACAGGGCCUCGCGCCGUGAUCGCUCCGCGUCUCCCCGACGCGACAGCAAGGGCGAUGUCGCCAUGGAUAGUACGCUUGGCUCAUCGCGCAACAGAGACUCCGCGCGGAUCGUGAAGCGGCGACUUCGCACAGGGAACGGCUCCAAAGAGCUCUUUCCUUCCAAAUCCGGUUCCGGAAGUGGCCAACUCGAUAGAUUGGAGGAUGCCAUCGGAUCCGCUCGGCUUCAGGAGGAAGACAUCCCCAAGGUCGUUUCUGUGCCGGUAGGCUCUCAAGGUGGAAGCUUCAAUAUCAGGGGUGUGGCGAGCCAGACUGUCGACGCCGGAAAAGGUAUCAGCAUCAAAGGUACCGCGAAUGCCCGCGAACUGUUCCCUGGCAAGUUGGGCGGCCAAAAUCCGGGCAAGGAGUUGUUCGACGGGGGUAGGACAAAACAAAGGCAAAAGGCUCAAGAUCUCUUUGGUUAA